AUGCUCCCAAACGAAACCCUCGUCGAAAUCAUUCGCCUCGCUAGCGCUAAGGGCAAGUCACGGAGCGACAUGGUAGCCGUAAAUAGGUCGAUGGGCGUAUGCCGCUACUGGAAGGAUGUCGUCGUGAACACGCCCCUCCUGUGGUCCAGCAUUGACCUGUCGAAGGCCGUGCACUUCGUACGGCUUUGCCUGACUCGCUCAGCCGGCGCGGAUAUCAGGCCCAAACUCGACUUGAAUAGACACUUGGGAUCGCAGCCGCCAGGAGACCAUGUCCUUCAAGCUCUUCAAGCCCAAGGACUAAACGUGCCAAGCAAAAAGAGGAAAGGCAAGGACCGCGUGGACGGUGUUUCUCAACAACGUCUCAGCACUGUGGGAGCCGACACUUCCUCUGGUAAUAGGAGAGAGGAGCAGUAUCCCGCAGACCAGUGCAUGUUUCUGCACUACUUCAAGCUGAAGAAGCGCCGACUGCUGCGCUCGAAGAUCGAAGCUGCCGCCGAACAACAAGACCCGUCUAUGGACCGUGAUGCGGAGGAUGCUAUGGAGUUGAUAGAAGAGAUUCCUCCUCGGGUGACGCCAUACGACCCUGUCGGUUUCAUCUUGGACUACAUAUUAGAGAACUCCAAAGCGGAGGUCGCGAUCGCUAGUGAUUUAGACCUGAUAUGCUUGUACUACAGCGUCGACCGGACAGUGAAUACCCAAUCCCUGAUGAUAUACCGCGGUUUUUGGAGCAAAAACAACCUCAUUGAAAUUAAGGAUGGACUUGGCACACUACUCUCCGAUGAGGAUACCGAGAUGCACCUCGACAGGCCGACCUCAGAAGAGAAGGAUGUCGCAGCGAUAAGCUAUGACAUCGAUAUGCCAGGAGACGCCAAAGAGCCCGCCAGCUCCGGAACGAGCGGUACUAGAAGGGGGGCCCUCAGAGCAAGCGACCCCGACCCAUUAAUCCUUCACAGUAUCCGUGACCAGCGCAGAGGUGGAACAUCUGCGCUUGCAUACUCACCCGUGGGUAGUGAGAUCGCCGCUGGGAUCGAGAAUACCAUGGCACACCAUGCAAAUAUAGCACAGACGUAUCCCGAUGUGUAUAAGGCACUUGAAGCCCCCUUCGACAAUACAGUUUCUGCGACGGAACGACCCGUCCCGCCCAUCGCGGUGAACACAGCCGCACCCGCGCCCGCGCCCACCAUCUGCUUCUUCGGCGGACCGUGCCCUCACCCCGCGCCAGACGCUCUCCGCCAGACUCCGGUCCCUGCCAAUGCGAUGAAGCGCCACCUCGAAGAGUGCCACCAACCCCUGACUCAGGACCCCGCGGGUAGGUUCAUCUACGAGUGGGUCGACGCGGACAAGCAGGCGUGCGGGAAGGACCUCAAAGGCUUGGUUACACUCGCGAGGCACAUCGCGACGGUGCAUUUGCGGCCGCCCGAGUUUGUACCCACCGAAGUUGGCAUUCGAACCAGGGCCUCACUAGGUGAGCGAAUACCUUCGCUACUGUCGCUCCCAGAAGACAUUUUAUUGUCCCUCCCUUUCUACCUUCGCGACAUUGAGGACUUCACCAACCUCGCCGCGACGUGUCGUCUUCUCCACGAACUGUCCCUACAUACCUCGCCUCGGACCAUCCUUCACCUGGCUGCCGCCGCAUCGAGGAUCUUCUUCCGGCCCGACCCACACUUCCUUGCAGCCGCUACGGCCCGUCAAGUCGGCGAAUGGGCGUUGCGCUCAUCCGCCAACACCACCGAGCUCCGUCUUGCCUUCCGCGAUGGCAUGGAAGGUCUCUUGAAACUUGCGCUCCAACACACGGGCCUGACGAUGGAGCGCAUCCGCGAGCUUUACGAGAUACGCUUCUCGACGAUCAACCCCGUCGUGGACCUCAUUGACAAGUGCAUCGGCGAGCAGUGGUACGACACGCCGGACUUCUGGAACGGCGGCGUCGACGAUGCGGCUACAAUUUACGCCGAUCCGUCUGAGACCUUCUUCCAUCUCGUCACGUACGGGGAGCUCUUCGCGCCCGCUUUCGAUGCAUACCUCGAGACCGGCACGGUGCCCGAGGCGAUGAAUGUCGACACACGGCUCGAAUUCGUCAUGCCCUCUGGCGACUCGCCGUCUUCGCCACUUGCUGCCUCGCUGCGCAUACCGCCUCGCUCACACCGACGGCUCGUUGACAGCCGGCUUGGUGGACCGUUUGGCUAA